AUCUCGUCGCGAAGAACGCGCUCAACGCGAGCUUGCAGCUGUAUCGAAUUCAUAAAUUUCAUUGCUUCGGAACCCGCCAUGGCUAGUGACGACGAAAUGGAUAUUGACACCGUACCAUUGUCUGGCAAGGGUAAAGGAAAGGCUAAGGAGAGAAAUGAGCCACACGAGGACGAGACUUUGCCCUGGGUAGAGAAGUAUCGACCAGUCACCUUGGAUGACGUUGUUUCACACAAGGAUAUUACAACGACAAUCGUGAAAUUCAUCGAGAAGAAUCGCUUGCCUCACCUUCUCUUCUAUGGUCCACCUGGAACUGGGAAAACAUCGACAAUUCUUGCGGUCGCAAGACGAAUUUAUGGAGCAGAAUACAAGAAACAGAUACUUGAGCUCAAUGCAUCCGACGACAGAGGCAUAGAUGUAGUGCGCGAACAGAUCAAGCAAUUUGCUGAGACCCGAACAUUGUUUUCGAAAGGCUUCAAGCUCAUCAUUCUCGAUGAAGCCGACAUGAUGACACAGCAAGCUCAGGCUGCGCUGCGUCGUGUCAUCGAACAAUACACCAAGAAUGUGCGGUUUUGCAUCAUCUGCAAUUAUGUGAACAAGAUUGCCCCGGCAAUCCAGAGUCGAUGCACGAGAUUCCGUUUUUCGCCACUCCCGAUUCCAGAGGUGGAGAAGCGCGUUAAUAGUGUCGUGGAAGCUGAGAACGUGAAUCUGACUGAGGACGGCAAAAAGGCCCUUUUGAAACUCUCAAAAGGUGAUAUGCGUCGAGCGCUCAAUGUCCUACAAGCAUGUCAUGCAGCGUAUAGCUCUAUCGGAGAGACUGAAAUUUAUAACUGCACUGGAAACCCUCACCCGUCAGAUAUUGAAACCAUCGUGAAUUCCAUGCUUUCCGAUGAAUUUACCACUUCUUACCAAAUGAUCUCGGCCAUGAAAACGGAACGUGGACUCGCACUGCAAGACUUAAUCUCGGGUACAUAUGAGUACGUGGAGACGAUUGAAUUCAAGCCGCAGGCCCGAGUAUAUUUACUUGACUUCCUGGCUACCACAGAACAUAGAUUAUCAACCGGCGCAAGUGAGAAGAUGCAAUUAUCUGCUCUACUUGGAGCAUUCAAAAAUGCGGUGGAGCUUUCUGCGAAUUGAUACUCUAUGCUCGAAGCGCCUGACAGAAACUUCCCACAAGGUCUUGCGUUCCUCCCCCCAAUCUAGCCUCUCGAAUUGUAUUGUAGUCUUUUUGUAGUAUUUCAUUUGAUGUGAAUCCUGCCAACGUUAGUCA